AAACUUUACUGCCUAUGAAUUUCCACAGCAUCCACCAUCAAAAUAGGGCUUUGUGUGCAGUGAGUCUUUAUGUGUGCACAGACGGCCAUCCUGGAAGCUCUGAUUGAGAUGGCAGACAUGGAGGAGGACACAUGUGUCAUCUUUAUGAUGAAUCAUCUGUUGUAGAUAAUAAUCAUUUGGAGAAACUGUAAGCCUCUCCGAAGAUCUAGAUAGCAGACACAUAUUCUAGAUCUUGUAAAUGCAUGUCAGUAGUCGAAAAAGACCUGAUCAAGUGGCCACUUAAUAUUGGAGGAGACUAUGCCGAGGACCUUAUUAACAAAAAAUGAGGUUCUGAGCAAGAAUUUUUAAUUAACCAAAGGAUUGUAAUUUCAGGGAAGCGUCUGCAAUCAAAGAUCAAGUAUCCUCAGUAAAGACCUCAGGAAUUAUUUUAUUUACCUUCUGAAGAGCGCAGAUUUAAAGAGGUUCUUAAUCCAGUUCAUGACUGGUCAAUAUUCUGAUAAAAUCCGGUAACAAGAUGCGGGAGCGUUUAUCGGGACUAACACAAUAAAAUGGAUCACUGAUGGUAGUGUAUGUCAUUGUGAAAUAUUGCCACAUGGACACAGUUAUAUCACAUCUGACCUCUGUAAAGAGGAUUUGUUAAAUCUUAAGAAAACACACUGUGGAUCAGGAGGAACCCUGCACAACCAUUUCUAGCUUAUAUGAGCGGAUGAAAGGAAAUGAUUGCCAGAGACAAAAUAACUUUUGGAUAGCAACAUGUCUGCCUCGAAGGUUCUUGUUGAUGAGAAGAGCGACUUUACUCUGCCUGUUGAAUUGAUUAAGGAUGAUUCUGAUACAUCUAUCGAAUCCCAGCAUUCCUUUGAUUUAUGUAACAACCUCGACUAUAGUGAAUCAGAGAGUCCUACAAACAAACAUGCCAGGGACGUACAAAAUAGUCAGUAUGAUAGUGUGACUGGCACGGAUGACAUAGCUUCCGAUGUAGAACACUUUGAUAUAUUGACAAACCAUACUGUUUCAGAAUGUAAAAAAAAAUGGAAAGUUGGUUCGCUGGAUUUUCAAGACAAAAACACUGCAGUAAGUUUGUCAAGAACUAACCGUACCAAAAAUGGUAAGAGGAAGACUGUGCCCCCGAUGCCAAAAUGCAGAAAACUGGGAUCGCAUUAUGAGACAGAGAUUGUUUCGCAUAAACUGGACUUUGUGGAAGAGGAGAACCUUUUUGAUCAAGAAGAAAGUAGCGAAGAUGAUAACCUAGAUAAUUCUAUUCCUUAUUCGAGAGAUCGCCUUGACUACCGGAAAGAGAGACAUCAAUAUGUUUCGGAUCAGUUGGACCCCGAUGUCUUACACCUGCUGGAAAUGCAUCUGCGUAAACAGCAACUUGUUGAAAUUAAGGAAGAGCGGGAGGAGGAAUUGUUAGAUGUGCAUGUAAACAGGGAAAAGUCGCGCUCAGAAUCCUUUAAGCUGUUUAGAAAUAUAUCUCCAGUUUUGGAUAUGGUCCUCGAGGAGCCGGAGCUGGAGCAUUCAGGGGACACAUUAGAUGAAGGUAGCAAAAACCCUUCAGACCUAGACUCUGAUGAUAGCAGCAAUUCGUGUGCAGUGGAAUUGGGUCUAAUGGAAUCUCUACAGAACGAUUUAAUGAGUAAAAGUAGUAAGAUAGACAAACACGAGAUAGCUACAAUUCUUCAGACGCCAACCUCUAAUAUGUCCACAAGAGACAGCAAAAGCAAACAAAAGGCAGCAUUGUGUGACGGCAAUGAUGAUAAAAUUAAAUGUGAAACCAUUAACAAUAACGAACCCAAAGCAACUGCAGAUAUUUUACAAAUGGAUGAAAUUCCAAAGCCAGUUGAUGGAAACGUUAUUACAUGUGACUUUAAUUCAGAUUCCCCUGUGCUAGAAAAUGGACAUGAUUUAGAAGUGAAGUCAGAAGGCAAUACUUGUGACCCAUGGGAAGGGUUAACUGAAGAAUCUGGGCAUCAUAAAGACGCAGAAACUGAAAAAGCUAGUACGGAAGAACCAGACCAAUGCUUAAGUAUUGGCUCUGAAAACAAAGAUGUAAACUAUGAAGGAUUAUCCGAUACAGAGGCCUAUGUUACCUACACAGAGACAGCACCAAUUGAUAGCAAAGAAGAGACCUUUACUGAGUCAGAGUCUUUGAGACCUGAAGAUACUUCUAAAGAACAAUUUCCUACUGUAGAUGGAAACCUUAAACCACAUGACAUCAAUGUACCCUGCUUGGAUGGUAACAUAUCUUUGCCCCCAGUACCUAAAAGCACAGAUUUUCCAAAACAGACGGAUAACUUUAUAAUUGAAGAAGUUUCUUGUGAACAACAUGGUGAUGGAGAAGACCUAGGCCAAACAAAUCUCAAUGAAGAACUAAAGUCUGUGAAUAAAGAGAACUCAGCUGAGCCGUCACUGUGUUCGUCUGCUGAAAUGUCUACACUACGUUUAGAUCUAGAAGAAAAGAUCUUGUCCAUCCUAGAGAAAGCUCAUGCUGCUGAUUGCCGAUCCUCACAUCUGCAAGCUGGAGCGGAGCUCCUCUGGAAAGAGAGCAUUGAGCUGAGAAAUGAAUGUAAAUCUCUGUCUAAAGAAGCAGCUGAACUAUUAUCCAUAUUCAAGAAGCAAAGUGCUGUACAGAGGCAACCAAGGAGACAAAUCUCACAAAGGAUAAAGACUAUAGGGAGUCCCCUAAGCACUACUGACUCUAGACCAAGCAAGGAAACACUAUGCCUCAGCAGUAAAAAUAAUUCCAGAAGCGUUAACAAGGGAGAAGACCAGCUUAAGUUUUUGAGCAAAAAAUACAGCUUUUUACGAGAAGAAGCCCCUGAGAUUAUGAAGGAGCUACAUGUCUUGCAGCAGGACUUAAAAAACCUUCCUGCCCGUCAGAGUAAACCUAUGAGCAUCCUCUACAACUUGUUGUGGGGCGGCCUGAUGACAGGAGGCGCACUUUUAUUCGUAUGGUGGAGCACAAAACAGCUGGGCUGACGCCACUGACCGGACCCAUGGGAUAUGGAGUAGUUUCUGUCCAAACAGGCAGAAUAUAUACUGUAAAGAUUGCCGCAACAAGAACAAACUCUUACACACGUUCAUAUAUGUGCUGGAUAUGUGUGUUAGGCCUCAAAUUUUCAUUUCACGGGAUACCUGCAUUUUGGAAUAUUUUUUAUUUUAAAUUUUUUUUAUAUUAAGGCUGAACAUUUCAACCAGGGAAUGUAAUAUAAUAAUCGGCGGGUCAUCUAAUGUUGUAUCACUAGAAUGCAAAUGGGAGGACUGGUUAUAUACAUAUAUAUAUAUAUGGGAAAGGACAAGCUUACCCACCUGACCGCACAUAUAUCGUACAUUGCUUUGACUUUGAUUUCUGUUACAGGCAAGUUGCACCAUCCUCACCUUUUUCAGUCCGGAUUCUGCUAAAUAUAAAACAGAUCGUAGCUGCCUGUUUCCAGAAGAAGGUGUCUGCCUCCAGGGAUUGUGCUACACCAAUUAUUCUGCCUUUUUAGCAAGCAAAUCAGCGGCGAUUAUUCCUCCCUUUCACACAUAGGUCAUGUUCUCCCAACCAGUACCAGAAGUAAAAUUAGAGAAUGCUGGAAAUAUUUUUGGCCGAUCUUUGAGCAAUCCGAAAAAACGGCUCCGUUCUUUUGAGAAUUUCCAAACCACUAAUAAAAUAUUUCAACAUUUGAGGACAGCGGUAGACGGCUGUUAAUGAUUUAUAGUUAAAUGACAGCUCCAGGGAGAUCUGUAUAAAAGAAAAUUUUAUUAUUAAGUAUGGAAAAAAAUGUGCUUAAAUCUAAUACUUUUCCUGUUCUGGGUUAUCAGAGUCUGAAGUUACUAUGUCCCCACAGUGGUCACGCCCCCACAACAACACUUCCUGCCACCACGUUUCGGCUACGCAGUGUUCAUAGGGACAUAGGACCUUAUAGAAAUCAAUCAUUAUCCAGCUUUAAUCUUUUUAGUACAGAUAACAAAUUAAUCAUAAUAAUAUGAGAAAAAUGUUGCUGUGGGAACACGUUCCAAGGAAUAAAAGUUUCUCCACGUUUAAGGAUCAUUGUCAUAAAAGUAAAAAAAAAAAAAAGUUUGAUGUCAUAGAGACAUAGUUUUCUAAGGAGAGCCAAUGGGAGUUGCCAGAGCACAGCAAACCCCUCAUUCUAGUGGGUGUCUCCACAUCUGAGCCCCUCCAAUCAUAACCUCCGAUAUAUAUCUGGGUUUUUUUUAUGACAAAUGCACAAAAGGGGCUUUUAAACAGAACUAUAUGUAGAAUUGUAGGUUCUCCUUAAAAUUUUACAAAAGUGCCUAAAGGCAGUUUUACAUACCACUCUAUGUAUAUCUGUAUAUGAACACCUGUCCCACUUUCAUGAUCACAUUUCUAGGGUAUCUAAACACUACAAAAUUGGAACAGAGUGCAACAUUUUUCUAAUGACAAUUUUUUGUAUAUAAUUUUUCUGUAAUUAUUAAUUUUGUAGGUAGUGAAAAUAAUGCCUUUAGUCUUGGAUGGAAUGACCCACAACUAUGGUGCUGCCAAUUCUACAACCUUAACAGGACUGGCCACUAAGGUAUCAAGUCAUCCGACCUGUGAAUGCAGAUUUUCAGGAAGCCACAGGCAGGUGUAUGAAGAAUGCUAGAAACUAGAGUAUAAAGUGAUUUAGUGUUUUAUAGAACAAAAAAAAUAAUAAUAAUCACAAGAACACUGCAUUAUUCCUCAUGACCUUAUUUACAGUUUAGACUAAUUUCAUUUUGAAAUAUUACAGUGAGUUCGAGUCAGAGAACGCUCUCUCGUUGAAUGAACUCCAGGGAGAUAAGUUAAAAUUCUUCUACAGCUAUAGUAAGCACUUCUCUUCUUCCUGUGGUACGUUAUAACUUUAAUUCUAUAUUAAAUGGCUACAUGUACUCAUACCUGUCUUCGACCACGUACACAAGAUCAGUUCAAUUUAUUUGAAGGCCCAUUUACACAGGUUGACUGAGCAGGCAAUUAUCAGGAGCAAAUGCCUUAGUUCCCGAUAAUUGCCUGCUCGUCAGCAAUCCUCACCACCUUGUUGUAAUGGGGGAUUGCUCCUGUGAUCGUUUGUCCACGUAUAGAUUUGUUGAUUGUAGCACAAUCUUCUGCCCAAAACCAGUGACCCUUAGGGCUCAUGCACACGGCCGUGACCAUAU